AUGGAACCCACUCAGCAAGUGUACGGCGUCACGCCGCCCAUGAAUGUCAACCUUCCGACCGAUGCCGAGAGGCGGGUGACCGACGAUCUCCUGGAGGAGUUGAAGCGGCAGAACACGUUUGAGAGCCCGGCUGAUACAGCCAAGAGAGAAACGGUUCUCGAGUCUCUCAAGCGAAUCUGCAAUGAAUUUGUCAAACACGUCGCCCGCGUACGCGAACCGAAGAACGAAGUUCUCAUCCGCAACGCCAUCGGCAAAGUCUUUACCUACGGCAGUUACCGUCUAGGCGUCUACGGACCCGGGUCUGAUAUCGAUACCCUGAUCGUCGCUCCUAAAUACGUGUCAAGGGAUGACUACUUCGAGCACUUCCCCAGGAUGCUUGUUGAGAUGGCACCCAAGGACUCCAUCACCGGCCUUACCGUCGUGACUGAUGCCUUUGUCCCCAUCAUCAAGUUCGAGUACUCGGGUAUUAGCAUCGAUUUGAUUUUCUCCCGGAUCAUUCAGAAGCAACUGCCUGAAGAUUUGACCUUGAAGGAUUCCUCUCUGCUGCGUGGUCUGGAUGAGGCCGAACUCCGAUCCCUAAACGGCACCCGUGUUACAGACGAGAUCCUCGAUCUGGUCCCUGAACGAAGCACUUUCAGGCAGGCCCUGAGGGCUAUCAAGCUCUGGGCGCAACGUCGUGCGAUAUACGCAAACAUCAUGGGUUUCCCGGGAGGUGUGGCCUGGGCCAUGCUUGUUGCUCGCGUCUGUCAGCUUUACCCCAAGGCUGCUGCCUCUGUUGUGGUGAAUAAAUUUUUCCUCAUCAUCAGUCAAUGGAAAUGGCCCCACCCCGUUCUGCUGAAGCCCAUAGAGUCUGGCUCUUUGCCAGUUCGCGUAUGGAACCCCAAGGUCUACAAGGGUGACAUGUAUCAUCUCAUGCCCGUCAUCACGCCGGCCUACCCUUCCAUGUGUGCCACCUUCAACAUCACUCGCUCGUCCAUGACCAUUAUCCAACGUGAGUUGCGGCGCGGGUUUGAGAUAUCCGAAAAGGUAAUGACUGGGAAGCGACCUUGGUGCGAUCUGUUUGUCAAGCACACAUUCUUCACCUUGGGAUACAAAUACUACAUCAGUGUCAUAUCUAGCAGCAAGACCUCUGAGGCCCACAAGAUUUGGUCUGGCUACGUCGAAUCGAAGGUCCGCAUGCUUGUUCAGAAGCUUGAGCAGCACAAUAGCAUCGCCAUGGCCCAUGCCUUCAAUAAGGGUUAUGAGCGUCGUCACAGGUGUACCACGUGUGAAGAGGUUCAGCAAAUACAGGAGGGAAGCAUGAAAUAUUUGGUAGGGCCUGAUACGCCACCCCUUUCCAAUGGAGUCGAUGCGAGCAACGACACUGGGUCCGUCAGAAUGGAAGAAGUGUCAGAUAUCAAGCAAGAAGAAAAAGAGAAUGCAGUACCUGGUCCCGACGAUGCCGGGAAACCCACCGUCGAUAAAGAUGGCGUGACGAAUGGACUGGAUUCCACUCCUGCACCACCCCAACCCUUCGAGAUCUAUACUACGACACAUUACAUUGGCCUGGAACUUGCAAGUGACGCUAAAUCGCUCGAUCUCUCCAAGGAGGUAGAUGAGUUUAAAGCACUCUGCACCUCAUGGCAGAAGUACCAGGAUGAGCUCCAGGAUGUGGCGACGAUUGGAGUGCAACACUGUCGAAACUUCAACCUCCCGGAUGAUGUGUUCGACGCCGGCGAGAAGAAACCCCAGAAGAAGUGGAGCGCGAAGAAUGGCAAGAAGCGAGAGGCUUCCGAGGUAAUGCAACCGAGACGACCUCGACCAUUGGCUCCCCACUCGAGCUCUGCGAGUCGCGAUUCGACCUUUCCGGGGAGACAGGAACUGAUGAUUGUGCAGGACAACAACUCGAAACAGCCGCCUGCCAAGCGCCAACAGCCCUCCGCUGCUGUUGCGGGUUGA